GAUGUUGUUUAAGACCGUGUUAGUCUGCUUGAUCUGUGUGUGUGCUGGGAAUCCAGCUGCUAAGAAACUUUAUGAUGAUCUUCUACAUAAUUACAAUAGGCUUAUCAGACCUGUUUCCAAUUUCACUGACACCCUGGUGGUUAGGUUAGGUCUCAAGCUUUCACAGCUUAUUGAUGUUGAUCUGAAAAACCAGGUAAUGACAACGAAUGUGUGGGUUGACCAGACCUGGAUGGAUUACAAGCUACGAUGGGAUCCCGAGGAGUACGGUGGAGUAGAGACCCUGUAUGUACCAAGUGAAAGGAUCUGGCUUCCAGAUAUCGUACUGUACAACAAUGCAGAUGGAACCUAUGAAGUGAGACUAAUGACUAAAGCAGAGCUGAAGUAUACUGGACAUGUAAAGUGGACUCCACCAGCUAUUUAUAAAUCGUCUUGUCAGAUAAAUGUGGAAUGGUUCCCGUUUGAUGAACAAAACUGUGACAUGAAGUUUGGGUCUUGGACUUAUGAUGGAAAUCAGGUUGAUUUGAAGCAUAUGAACCAGGAGCCUGGGAACAAUGUUGUUGCCAUAGGAAUAGAUCUUUCAGAAUUCUAUCUCAGUGUUGAGUGGGAUAUACUGGAAGUGCCGGCUACUAAGAAUAUAGAGAACUACGAGGAGAUGGAAAGGGAACAACAUGAAUCUUCUUCGGCAGAGGAUUUGAAUCCGGACAAGUUGCUGACUGAUAUAACAUUCAUGCUUACCAUGAGACGGAAAACCCUAUUCUACACUGUCAAUCUUAUUAUUCCAUGUGUAGGAAUUUCAUUUCUUACUGUGCUUGUCUUCUACCUACCAUCAGAUUCCGGAGAAAAGGUGACUUUGUGUAUAAACAUUUUACUCUCACUCACUGUGUUCUUCUUGCUUUUAGCCGAAAUUAUUCCUCCAACCUCCCUAGCUGUUCCUUUGUUAGGGAAAUAUCUUGUGUUUACGAUGUUAUUGGUCACCUUUUCUAUUUGUGUUACUGUCGGUAUCUUAAACAUUCAUUUCAGAACUCCGGCGACCCACAAGAUGCCAAACUGGAUGAAAGAAAUAUUUCUUCAGAUUCUUCCAAAAAUUCUGAUGAUGAGACGACCUCAAUACAUUCCUCGCUAUUCUAUGGAGUUUGAUGAUUCAUCCCCGAAGAAGGAACCAAUCAACUGUAUUGACAAUAACUGUAAGGCAACUCAGGUUGGUCCUUACCUGGCAGGGUAUAGUGGACUAGACAGCCCUAAACUAGCAGCUUCUCCUGAGUUUAGCCAGGAAACUACCGAUUGUAAUUCUGAAGAGAAAAUGCAACAAGACUAUGCCAAACAAAAUGGAGAUAUUAUGUAUGGAGAUCGUUAUGAUGAGGAUAUGAUAUCUACAGCAAGUGAUUCCAUUUACCAUCAAUUCAGUCCUGAGGUAGAGCUGGCCUUAAAAGGUGUUCAAUUUAUUGCUCAACAUAUUAGGAAAAAUGAUGAGGAUAUCGAGGUUAUUGAGGAUUGGAAGUACAUUGCAAUGGUGCUGGACCGACUUUUCCUUUGGCUCUUCACAGCUACUUGUAUCAUGGGGUCCGGUGGAAUUAUCCUGAUGGCUCCAUCUUUAUACGAUAUGAGGGAGCCAAUAGACGCGAAGCACACAACUAUUGGAGUUGGCCAAUAGACGCGAAGCAUAAAACUAUCGGAGUUGGCCAAUAGAAUGCGAAGCAUAAAACUAUCGGAGUUGGCCAAUAGAAUGCGGAGCAUAAAACUAUCGGAAUUGGCCAAUAGAAUGCGAAGCAUAAAACUAUCUUAACGUUUUUGAGACACCCUGUAAUAAAUCAACAAGCAAUUAUUGAAAACAUGGACACAGUAAUUUUUUAAUUUAGGCUCUAUUUGUCUAGUUAUUUUUAUCUUUCCUGUAAUAUUUAAUAAUUUCAUGUUGUUGCUUUAUUCCCUGCAAGAGAUUAUACAGUCGUCGUCGCAUUUAUCAAUACAAUGAAGACGACUUACACAUUAAUUUGGAAACAAAGAGAAGCUGUCAAUUAAAUAAGCUUCUCUUUAAUUACGUGUAAGCUUUAAAUUCGAAAAAUGCUCGUAAACAAUCAAAACUUAAUCAAAAAUGUCGUCUUUAUUGUACAUUGAUAUAAUCGACUACCACUGCAUAUAAAUUAUAAUAAUAAUAACCCAUUAUUGUUGCAUAAAGAAGAUUAAUUCUAAUUUAUGUUUUCAAAUGCCAAAGAUAAUUUUUGAUUAAAUCGAUCUCAAUUUUGAUCAGUGCAAGCAAGCAUGCUUUUCGCACAUUUGAAAGGAAAACGAAACAAUAAUAAAUACUAUUUUUAACACCAUCAAUGCUCAAAGGAUUUACAAUACAGUAUAAACCAGAAAACUGUGUCAUGCUUGUCGUCUUCGGUCUUUCUUUUAAUAAAGAAACGUCACAUAUAUGGAUUUUGUAUUAUACAAUGUUAUUUUUGAUAAUAUUUCGGCAGGGAAUAAGAAUAAAGGAAAGGGCAAUGGCGCUGGUCUGGCAUGAGAAAGCCAG